GCAGCGCAGCUUCCUUGAAAAAAUAGUCCUCUUUUUUCGUUCUCCAGGCUCUCUUCUAUAAGUUUUGUGCUCACCACACAGGAACAGGCCCUCACAUUGUCUGCUGACCUUUCACAUUUCCACAGUAGCUGGGAGGGAUUGUGCGUUUUUUCCGUUCUUUGUUAAAACGUCCCCCCACCCCUAGUUUUAAACUUCAAGAUAGUUCAAAAGGGGCUUCACAAAGUCAUUCAGUUCUAGCACUUAGAAGUUCAAGUGGAUUUCUGAGUAGAAGACAGAGAGGUAUGGCAGAGAAACUUUAUGUUACAAUAUGCUGUCUUGGACUGAUGAUUUUGGCUUCUUGUACUUUGGUAAGGACACAUAUCUACUCUGCUGGAUCUUCUGCUGUAGGCUCUAUAUUUGAGGUUCAUGGAAUAUCAACCUUUGAUCAUGGAUUGCCCGGUCAAGAAGAAUCUAUUAAAAAUGGGAAUGAUAUACAUCCUAAGCAUGAACAGAAAUCAAAGCCUACUUCAUCAGAUACCAAGGGGACACAGUCCCCAGAAAUAGAACAUCCUAAACCAAAUACAGGGAAAUGGUGUUCUGUUGUUCGCAAACGAAUUGUGACCUAUGUGGAUGUCUGUAAAACUGAGAAGUACGUUAUAAGGUCCCAGCAGCCUUGUCCCCAUGGAACAGCUGACUGUCAGAAAACCAUGUACCGGAUAGCACAAAAACCAAUUUAUGAACUUAAAAGGAAAUUUGUAACCAGUUUGGAAUGGAAAUGUUGUACUGGAUAUACUGGUUCCACUUGUGAAUAUGCUGAUCCCAAUGCUAUUCACAUUCCUUUGGAUCAUAUAUCCAGUUCUGAGAAAACUGAGGAAUCUCUGCUGAGCGCAGAGGUAACUGAAAUAAUUAAAGCUGUUGAAAGCCAAGAAAACCUACUGGAAGAUAUUCAAAAUGAUAUUCAUCAGGCUGCAAGUCAUCUUCAGGAUCUUGAAAACGCACUGGGGAAUAAUUCAACUAUUGCACUUGGCAGCAGUCAGAAUCAGUCAGAAAUAGAUGACCGUGUUGUCCGGGAAAUAGUAUUACCACAUAUAGAAAAUUUCCUCAAAGCUCAUUUUAGUCCCAUAUGGAACAGUUUUAACAAAAGUCUUCAAAAUCUUAAUGGUAUGGUUAAGAACCUUUCUGAAAGUGUUGAGAUUAACAGAAGAACAUUGGAUAUAUUCUUGGAGAAUUCUGUACCAAAGAAAGACCUUUAUGAGCUAGGGACUAAAUUUGAGUCCAAAAUUCAAGAAAAUGUUGAUAAACUUGAACAACUGAAACAACAGAUAGAUAACAACUUCCAUAUACAACAAACUGUGAUCCAUCAUAAUUUGACCAUGAUAAAAGCUGAUGCAGAUGUAAAGUUGAAACGGAAUCUGAAGUUUCAACAGUCACAGUAUUCCUACUUAAACUUUAGCAUUGGAGAACUUCGCAGAGGGCAAGAACAACAUCAAGAUGAUCUAUUAGAUUUGACUCAAAAUAUCACACUACUUUGUUCUCCAAGACAAGUAGAACUAUCUUCUACUGUAAAUUACCAAGUAAAUGAAACCCUUAUAGAACAUGAGACCCAGAUUAAAGAUUUAUUGACUGAAUCAGAGGCAGCUUUUGAAAAUAUUAAUAUUCUGGAGAAAUGGUUAAAGGAACUCCGUACCGAAUUUAAACAGAAUUCAGAAAAAGUCCAGAUGCAAUUCAUGGAGAAAAGCCUCAUCGUGGAAGAAAUCAAAGAUCUAAUUCAGAGGCAGAUAAUGGAACUUAAUUAUACUGUUAACAGUAUACAAAACAGUAGUGAUGAGUUAUUUGAUAAUUGUGACUGCCACAAAAUGAAUUUGGACAUAAUUGCUCUUGAGGAAAUACAACGGAACUUCUCAAAUCAAUUUAGAGAUGUUUUAUAUGGAAUAGAAGAUGUUAAACAGAAGGAGGGAAGUUCAAAGACAUAUCUGCAGCAUUCUGUAGAAGAUUUAGCACAGGCCCUUCAGUUUAACCGUCAAUCUCUUGCUGCCCAACAAGAACAAGGACGAAAGUUAAUGCUCAUCACUUCCCAGUUGCAAACUCAAAUAAAAAACCUUACAGAAGAUGUCAGACAUAUUAGGAUGGACAAUGGUCAGAUCCACAAGCAUAUUAAACAUCUAGACAGUUCUUUCAGCUCUCUUCUUGAAGAUGCAACAAGACAUGAAAGAGUGUUGGAAGCUCUACUUGGAGAAGAAGCUCUUGAACUUCUGUCUGAAGAUAAUCCAGAAGCUGUGUAUAUGACAGUCAUAAAAAUGAAUGAAGUGCUGAACAACACUUUGCAUGUGCUGGAAAAGCAGCUGCUCAAUACUGAUUCAUUGAGUGAACGUUUGCAAUUCUUGGAGAUGCAUUAUGGAAAUCAAAAUUCUCCUGAUUCCGCUGCCAUUUUCAAUGUUGAGCAACAUAAUGAAGGAAGAACACUUGAUAGAUCCUUACGGAGUGGCAGUUUAGAGCACAUAGAGCCAAAUCAUGAAGCAUCUAGAGAUCAUGAUGCUAAUGAAUUUGAACACAAUGAUAUUAUGAUCUUGAAAAGGGAUCUUCAGUAUCUCUAUGCCAAAGUUAACGAGCUACAGUCUUCAUUAUCUAAUUCAACUCAUUCUAAAAAUGAUACAAUUAGAGAUGCUUUAAAACCAUAUAACACUUCAAUUAUUUCUAUAAAGUUGGACAUUGAAAAUUUAAGAGAGCUUUAUAAUGAACAUAUCCAGUUAUUCCAUAAGGUAUUUGGAAAUUAUGAAGCACUAAUUUCUUCAGAUGUACCUCUGGAUAUCGAAAAGCUCAAGUCAUUCAUUGAUAAAAAAAUGAAAAAAAGACAAAAAGGAUUAGAAACACAAAAUAAAAAACAAACUAAAAAACACAGUGAAGAACACUGGCAAUCUGAUGAAACAGGAUCACCCCAUCAAGAUCCUCUUGUUGCAUUCAGUGCAAUUUUUACCACUGGUGCUGAAGGAGCAAAAAUGAUCCGAUUUAAUGAUAUUGAUCUUAAUUAUGGAGAUGCAUUUUCCUCAGAUGGCCACUUCACAGCUCCAUACACUGGAGUCUAUGCCUUUUCAAUAAGUGUGGAUUUUGGCAUUGGUAACGGACUUGGAUAUUUGGUUUUUAACGGACGACACAGUAUUUCCCUUGAAAACAGCAACACUGAGCCAGCAGAAAGCCUUAAGCACCAGUUUGCAGUUGUAGAGCUUAAGAAAAAUGAGAAGGUUUGGUUUGAACUAUUUCAGGGGUCAAUCAAAAAGAACACAAAGAAAACUUCUCUGUCUGGUUAUCUGGUAUUCAAAACGUGAGCUUAUACCAGUAGACAUUACAAGAAAUCUCUGACGGCCACUUCUAUAUAUAACUGAAUUUGAAAACAGAAUACAGUUUGCUUUCUUUUAGCGAUCAUGUUUCCAUGACUGGCUAUGAUUGAACAUUCCUUUGUUAGCGCUAACAAUUUUCAAGGUUCGACUAUCCAUGUUAAUGGCAGUUCAUAUGAUUUCCAAAUCUAUCAGCAUUCUUCCU